AUGUCUAUCGACAUUAGCGAAAUGCUUACGAAAGCUUAUAAUAACAUCUUGCAAAUAACAAUCAAAGCCGUUAACGAUACCGCCGAGCCAGCAAGCUUAGUACUUAUUCUCCUCGUAUUUAAGGUUUACCCUCGCAUAACUUACUUAAAUCCACUAGCCCCUUCUACUAUUACCAAAGCAGAAGCUAUCAAAAAAGCUAUGUCGGAAGUAAGAAGAUUGCAAGCUAUAAGACAAGUAGCAGACGCUUUAAAUAUACGCAACGGACCUUUUACGAUUAAGACGCUAGCUCUCUUUUUGCAAAGCCAACGUCUCGAAAAGAAAGGACUACUAGUAGAACAAAUAAAAGAGGCGCUACGUCGAAGUAGCAAAAACAGACGACCUUUAAAGCGUUAUUGCACGGAGGCUGAAAAACUAGCGCAAUUUCUUACCGCUUCAAGUGACACUUUCUUGACUCGGAAAGAGCAAACAGACCGAGAGCUAAUUACGAAGCUACGAGCCGAAAGUGUGAUUACUACUCUUAACGAGAUUUUCGAAGACUUAUAA